CCUUUAUCUGGGGAAUAUUAACUGUGAUACACAAUCUUAUAUUGGUUUCAAGUAUAUAACACAGUGGUUCAACAGUUACCCAUAUUAUUACAUCCUCAUCCCCCGCCCAAUACAGUUAAUAUCUGGGAGUAACAUAAGUGUUGAUUUUCUUUUACCCCACAAUCUCAUUGAAGUGAUUUCCCCAAAAAGGUGUAAGAAAAAAGUUCAUAAUAGAGCUGGCAAACAGGAAAGGAAAAGAUCAACUGAUAAGAGAAAUUUUGAGGCCUUUCUGUAAGAUACCAGCAGAUGGGAUUGGACUGAAAGAGGUAAAAAGAGUAGAAACUCAAAAGGACCUGGCAUGUCCUGCUUGAGGUGAGAGCCAUUCUUUGCGCAGGAGCUGGGAAGAAACGUCCCAGCACCAUCUAGUGGAGGUCAGGAGUAGGUUUGGAGUGAUUGGUUUUUGGGGUAAUUAAUGAAGACUGCGGUCCCACCUGCUACCUCAUGCUGAGCAGCUGGUAGGAGCAUUUGUCCCCAGGCAAGAACAGUUCUCUAAAUAAAAUGCAGGCUCCGUCUUGGGGUGGGGGUCCCCAGCAUUCGGCUCUGAGGUGACAGAGAAGCCAAAGGCAACUUUGGACUUGGAGUGGGGGGAGUGAGGCUCACCACGCUUGUCCUACUUUGGCGAGGGAGAGGGUAUUAGUCACUCAAUGUCCUGCUCACGCAGCCAAUAGGAAGCCUGGCUGAUGGCCUGUCUGCCCACUUACGUGCCGGUUCUCACGGAUUCAACCUAGACAGUGCUGGAACUCAGGGGAGAGGCCAGUUGUACAAAUAGAUUCUCUGGGAUGUGUGCUGAGAAAAUGACAUGCUGAUCCAGAUUUGGCACGGACAUCUAGUUAUUAGCCAGAUCUCUUGUCGAUUUCCCUAGAUGGAUCGCUCGGUGCCUCUGCCUGCUUGCAGAGGGGAGUGAAACAGCAAGAGUGGACGUAACAAGCUUUGUUGAUUCCCCAUCACUUCACAUUCGUGAUCUGAGCCUUAGAAUGACUCUGUGAGGUGCUGAUGCUUUUAUUCUCACUUUACAAAUAAGACAGCUGAAGGUCAGUGAAAUUCAGUGACUUACUGAGGUCCAUACAGGUAUUAUGGCAGAGUUAGGUUUUAAAACUAAGUAUGUGGACACAGACUAUGUUCUCUUUCCAUUACCAAGGAGUUUCCAACUUACUUAAUUUCAACUACUUGAUAAACAUUAAUUUCUAGAAGAUAGAAUGGACUUGGGAGUCUUUAGGUAGAAUUUAUCAUGUGUGUCAAAAUAAUAGGUCAGUGAAGCUGCAAAAUAUUGUGGCAUAUUCUCAAACGAUGGUUUCUAUGUAAGCAAAAUGGCAGUAGUGAAAAGCACAGUUCACUAUAUUAAAAAGGGAUUAAUUUAGGUAUUUUAGGUUGCUAGAGUGCCUGUUAGUUUCCUGAAGCUGCUGUAACAAAUUACCACAAACUUGGUGGCAUAAACCAACAGACAUUUGCUUUCUCACAGUUCUGGAGGCCAGAAGUCCGAAAUCAGGGUGUCGGCUAGGUCACCUUCCUCAAAAGGCUGAGGGGAGACUCUGUUCCCUGCCUCCAGCAUCUGGUGGCAGUUGGUAUUUCUUGACUUCUCAGUUUGUGACUGUCACUGCAUCUUUGCUCCCAUCUUCAUGUCCCCUUUUCCUCUGGUCUGUCUUCCCCUCUUUUGUCUCUUAUAAGGAUACUUGUCAUUGGAUUCAUGGUCCACCUGGAUAAUCCAGGAUCACCUCAUCUCAGCAUCCUUAACUUAAUGGCAUUUUUUGAAGACCCUUUUUCCAAAUGAGGUCAUAUCUGGAGGGCACAGGGGUUUCGAUGUGGAUGUAUCUUUUGAGGGGCUACCAUUUCACCCACUACAGAGUGUAAAUAUUUUUUUUUUCAUAGUAAAAUAAAAAUACCUUGACCCUUAUACACUGUGGUGUAUAUUUAUGCAACCUUCGGAACACCUCAUCUCUAGGGACUAGGUCUAUGUUACUUUUUUUAAACACCAGCAGGUAACAACAGCUGCCAGUCUGACAGCUGAAGCUUUCCUUGAGCCGUGUCUGUUUGUGAUGACAUUUCCUAUGACUCUGUCUCGCCCUCCUUUUCUUUAGUUUCCUAGGCAAGAUGUUUGGCUUUUCAGUCUUGAAAACUCCUGUUGAGAAGAAAGGCAAUCAAGCAAAAGAAAAUAAGGAAACUUCUGUGGUUUCUGUUUUCUUCAGUAGUGGAAAGAAAUGGCAUGUUUACUCAGCUCCAGAUUGGAAAGAAAGAUGGAAAAAACUGAAAGCUAGAAGGAUUAUAUAAGGUCACUUGGCAAGUCAUAGGCUGACCUGGCAUUAACACUUGGAGCUUCCGGGCUUUCUGCUCCCAUCCCCUGGACUGCGGAAGAAUAAUGUGAUGUGUUACCCAAGAUGGUGUGAACAAAGCUUCAAGCCAAUGGAGAAGACUAGGCCUAAAUAGCUGACCUGGUGAAGUGAGAAAUAAAGCCACACCUGGAGUGCCACAUCCUCAGCAGUCUUUCUCAGUGCCAAUGCAUUUAUGGCUGGUUCAGCGGAUUCCUACACGAGCAGACCGUCUGACUCCGAUGUCUCCUUGGAAGAGGACCGGGAAGCGAUUCGACAGGAGAGAGAGCAGCAAGCAGCUAUCCAGCUUGAGAGAGCAAAGUCCAAACCUGUAGCAUUUGCUGUGAAGACGAAUGUGAGCUACUGCGGCGCCUUAGAUGAGGAUGUACCUGUUCCGAGCACAGCCAUCUCCUUUGAUGCCAAGGACUUCCUACACAUUAAAGAGAAAUAUAACAAUGAUUGGUGGAUAGGAAGGCUGGUGAAAGAGGGCUGUGAGAUUGGCUUCAUCCCAAGUCCACUUAGAUUGGAGAACAUACGGAUUCAGCAAGAACAAAAAAGAGGACGUUUUCAUGGAGGGAAAUCCAGUGGAAAUUCUUCUUCAAGUCUUGGAGAAAUGGUAUCAGGGACAUUUCGAGCAACACCCACAUCAGCAGCAAAACAGAAGCAAAAAGUGACGGAGCACAUCCCUCCUUAUGAUGUUGUACCAUCCAUGCGCCCGGUGGUGUUAGUGGGGCCGUCACUGAAGGGUUAUGAGGUAACAGACAUGAUGCAGAAAGCCCUCUUUGAUUUCCUGAAGCACAGGUUUGAUGGGAGGAUAUCAAUAACAAGAGUGACAGCUGACAUUUCUCUUGCUAAGAGGUCUGUCCUAAAUAAUCCCAGCAAGAGAGCAAUAAUUGAACGUUCGAACACCCGUUCCAGCUUAGCGGAAGUACAAAGUGAAAUUGAAAGAAUCUUUGAGUUGGCAAGAUCUUUGCAACUGGUUGUUCUUGAUGCAGACACCAUCAAUCACCCAGCACAACUUAUAAAGACUUCUUUAGCACCAAUUAUUGUUCAUGUAAAAGUCUCAUCUCCAAAGGUUUUACAGCGGUUGAUUAAAUCUAGAGGAAAGUCCCAAAGUAAACACUUAAACGUUCAACUGGUGGCAGCUGAUAAACUUGCCCAAUGCCCCCCAGAAAUGUUUGAUGUUAUACUGGAUGAAAACCAGCUGGAGGAUGCGUGUGAACAUCUGGGAGAGUACCUGGAAGCAUAUUGGCGUGCAACCCACACAACAAGUAGCACCCCCAUGACCCCACUGCUCGGAAGGAAUUUGGGUUCAACAGCACUCUCACCAUACCCCACAGCAAUUGCUGGGUUGCAGAGUCAGCGUAUGAGGCACAGCAACCACUCCACAGAGAACUCUCCAAUUGAAAGACGAAGUCUAAUGACCUCUGAUGAAAAUUCUCACAAUGAAAGGGCUCGGAAGAGUAGGAACCGCUUGUCUUCCAGUUCCCAGCAUAGCCGAGAUCAUUACCCUCUUGUGGAAGAAGAUUACCCUGACCCAUACCAGGACACUUACAAACCCCAUAGGAACCGAGGAUCGCCUGGAGGAUAUAGCCAUGACUCCCGACAUAGGCUUUGAGUCUGCAGAAAGAAACAAAAAAUUCAACUGUUGACAAGUUUGCCGUAGCACUGCUAGGAUAAACCAUUCUUAAUUUGGCGAGUAUAGCACAGUACUUACUGUGCUUAUAGGCUGCUGUUAUUUGAUGCUAAUUAAGGGGCAAAAAAAAAUGUACAUUAUGCUCUUAAAUCUAGAUGGAUAUUAGAUACCCAAUCAUAUAGAUAUUUUUAAGUGCAACAUUUACAUAACAGUACCUUUUGUUUUCUUCAUUAGAUUUAGACACGUCAAUUUGUAAUUUAGGGUACUUAUCAAGGCACAUAUAAAAUAAUUUCCCAUGCUGGAAAUUCCAAAUGACCAGUUCCAGUUGGAACCAAUUUAUAAACCAAUUCCUGUUGGAAUUUGGGUGAAUUGACUAGAAAGUCUACUUGAGCAUGUUACAAUCAAUUUAAAAAUCUGAAAAAAAAAACCAUAAUUAGUAAGAAAAUCAAAAUACCAAUAAAAGCCAAAAUCAACCAUGGCAUCUAUUUGCUGGAAGCUAAAUUUACACUUAAAGUUGGAAUGUAUAAACAUUUUAAUAUAUGUUAGUUUCCAGAAUGGCUUUUCAAACUUACCAAAUGUAUUGAUAGUGCCAAAAAAAAGACCUCAAUUAAUGCAAAACUUACACACUCUCCUCAGAUUUUAAUAUUUUUAUUUCUUUCCUGGCACAGCUCUUGUAUUCAAAGUGUUUUGCUUUUUGUUUAGUCACUACUGUUAGCUUGUAGAAGUUGGCAAAAAAAAGACCUAAAAAUGUCUUUAGCAGUGUGAGAGAAGAGUAGAAAAGCCCAAUCAUACCUAGUUAUGUGAGAUGGAAAAUGGCGUGUUGUUUCCCCUUUAAUCAACCUGAGCACAACUACCCACAUCCAGGAAUCUGAAGUCAGACAGUAGGGCGGAGCACAGAUCCUCCUGAGUACAAAACUAAACAUCUCCAGAUGGGAACUCAUCUAUCCCACUCAUGACAAGCAUGGGUUGGAUAUUCCUGCCAGCACAAUUGAGUAUCUUUCCAUUGCUUCACUCAGUCUGUCUUUGAAUAUGUGAAUAUUCUUAGCCCUUGACCAAAUUCUUUAUAAUCAUGCUAAGGAUUUUUGUUUUACAUGGAAACAUUCAAAUUUAAUAUUCAAAGCUGUAUUUAUACAAAUGAUUAAUUGAAAAAUGUGAAAACAAUUGAAUUUAAAAGCUUGCAAUAAAAAAACUCAUAGACUCAGAAUAUAUUUGUUCACUAAAACAAUAACAGUUUUUAUUGCAGAGAAUUAUAAAGAAUUUGUAGCUCAAGCUGCCUUAUUUUUAAUGGACACUCUUCUUCACCUACUGUCUUCCCAGUUUUUCCAGUGGCUAUAAUUAUGGAAUUAGUGCCCUUAAUCUUAUAUUAUCAAGGAAGCCGUAGCUUCAUUAUGAUCCAAGAAAUUAUUGAAAUCGACCCUUUUAUACAAUACACAAAAAUCUUCCAAAGUCCACAAGGCAUGCAUUUUUCUAAAGUUCAAUAGAACCAGGCAUUAAACAGCUUUUCUACUGGUUCAUGUCAUGAAGCCUAUUUAUUGAAAACAGUCAUAAUGUAUUUUCUACUACCUUUCCCCCCAAGCCUUUCAAUGUUCAGGCUCUCAAAGCAUGUACUAGUUAACUAAAUUUUCUGACCAUGAAAUUAAGUUCCAUAUUCUUGAUCAGUCAUACUUAUAUUGAACCCCAUAUGACUUCCCACAUCUCCUCCCCUCCUGUUCACUGUGUGUACCCCAUAAUGAACAAUGAACCUGUUUAGUUGAUGCUGAGGAUGCCUGUCAUUUUGUAAGUUAUCUCAAGUAAAUUGAUACAAUUAAAAAUGUGGGCUCAGUAAAUUCUAAAAGCUAACAUGUGAUACUGGCUUGUGAGGUUCUUCUGUCAUCUAGUGAAGCUUACAGAACUUUCAGUUGUAACAUUUAAAAGAGUUGUAUCCACUAGGCACUUUAAUUAACAUAUAACCUGCCAUUAUUGAAUACUUUGUUAGAGAACAAAAGAGUAUUUUCCAGCAAACAAAAAUAUAUUUAUUACAUGUAUAGCAUAUAUUUGCAUGAGAAAGAAAACAGCCAAAACAUUUUUUCUAUAUGCUUUACUGGUUUCUUGUUUGUGCGUAUUAAAGUAUUUAAUUGCAAAAAGUGCACCAAGGUGAUAAAUUUAGAACUAGUCAGCUGUUCAGCUUUUUCUGUAGUAGUAUUAGCAACCCGAUCAUUUAACCACUUUAAGAUAUUUACAUUUUAUGGCAGGUGGCUAUAACAGCAUUUACAUAUAUUUCCUAGUCAGCAAGAUUACCAUAUUUUUCAACUUUUAAAAAUCACUUCUUUUUAAAGGCCUCUCAAAGCCUUGCUUCUAAGUCUUCCAUGUCAUGCUAAUAGAGAGGUCCCUUCAAUAUCUGUGCACAAAACCAAUUUGUCAUUUACCACAAAGUGUCCAUACAUGUUUUACUUUGCAUUCUUAUUCAAAAGCUAACCAUCUUGGAAAGGGUUAUAAUGUAUAUUUUCUUGAUGGAUGUAUUUAAAAUUCUGCUUUGAUUUGUCAUAUUCUUUCCCCUUCCUUUUGUAAUAAGUUUAUCUUUUCCACAUGAAUAAGAGAUGCAUUUUCCUUUUUUUUUUUUAAACCUUAGUGUUUACUGUGUAAAUGAUACUAAAAUACAGAUAUAUACUAAAUGAAAAGUUUUAUUUUUGCCAAGAACCUUUGGAAAAUACAUAUUCCACAAACACUUUGUUUUUAAUUAAUUUAUUUUAAAAAUAGUAAAUGAUAAGCAGGAGAAACGAGUCAUAAAGUUUCAAGGCUGUUUUAAUAAGUAUAAAACACAUUCUGUGAUUCAGUAUGUGAAAUUGCAGAAUAGCAAUUUCAGCCAGUGAAUAUGUAACAGUGUAGACUCAUGUGACAAUGUGAAAAUGUAGUACUGGAAAAAAAAAGAAUGCAGUUUGUCAAUCUUGAUGUUAAUUCUCAAGGCUAUAAUGUGACGCCGAUAUUAUAAUCAACAGUAUUAUCCUGUUUAUUCCAAUAUUUAAAGCAACACUUAGAAAUGUUUAUAAAUGACUGAUGACUCUCUCUUAUCUUUAUACAGUUCUACUGGAAAGAAUAUUGAAAUGAACAAUUUAGACUGAUAGUCUUUCCUAAAAGAGAGUCUUAAUUAUGACAAUAUGUCAUUGCACUUAGUCUUUAAUGAAAUGAAUUUUUUAAAUAUAAAACAAAUUCUGAGGAAAUUAUUUGAUCCCUUUGAAUAAUUUGUUAAUUAAUUUAAUUAUUAUUGUUGUUUGCAAAAUGUAUUUUUGGAAUGUUAACCUCUUUUCAUACCUGCAUACUUGAACUUGUCUUUUAUGUGGGGGCCUUAAAUUCAUAAUACGAAGCUAGAGCAGUGAAAGGGAGGGAGAGAAAGAAACUAUGCCAAAAGAUGGUUUGCAAAUUUAAACUCUUUGAGUGAAUAAUAUCAUUAAGUUGUUGUUCAGACCCAGGAUGUCAGUUAAGAAUGUUUCUAGGCAACCUUAUUUUGCAUGCUAGUGUAUAUUUUUUAUUAUAUAAUUUUAUUUUGAUAUUUGCUAAAAAAUAAAAAGAACAUAUUGCCACUAUAGAAAUUGCCCUAUAUAUAUUGAUAGUUAUACUACCUCUUCUCUAGGGAAGACAAUUUGUCUUUAAAGAGAAUAACACUUUUCAAUAAGUAGUGAUCAAAUUUAUUACUCUUACUACUGACCUUGCUGCAAAGCUAAAUGCAUAACUUGUUAAAAUGUACUUUUCCUUUAGAUUUUUAACUGUUUCCAUAAUGUUCUUAUCACCCUUUCAUUUCUUCUAUGUCAGUGAAGUUUUCUAUGAAUUAGUACACAUUUAUCAAGAGGUAAGGUUAAUUUAAUAAAUCAUUCAUCAUAGGGAACAAAACAAGCCACAAGGGAACUGCCUUUGUGUGCAACCUGUUAUAAUAUCUAGCCCUAAGUCCAAACAAAGACUUGAUGUUUAACUGUUGCUGGUUUGCAAAUUCAAAUUUUAUUGAUCCUUGAUUUCUCCUACGGGCAAUUAGCCAUUUCCUGGAUAAGGAUAUUCAUUAUCUUGGACUCCCAUGUCAUUGGAACAAACCUCAUAUAAAUGUUUCAAAUAAGUAGGAAUGUACCCCUUAUUUCUUUUCUAUUUCUGCCUUUGUCUUUCAUGACAAUGUUGCAUGUUGCUUUCUUUUUUAAUUACAUAAAACUCAUCUUUGAAUGAUUAAAUGAAUGGAAACAUUAUAGGAAAUUAUGUAAUAAAAUUGUUUCAUUAGUUCUUCAUACCUUUAAAUAUUGUUAAUAUUCUGAGUUACUUACUCAGGCUGUGCUAAAGGGCAGAGAAUAGUCCUUCUCUUUUAAAUACUAAUUAUGAUCAAACCAGUCAAUAUAAUAGUUAUUGGACAGACAACAAGGAUAACUUUUUUGUUGUUGACCUAAGCAGUCAAGUUAGUCAAAAUAGUAUAAUUGGUUUAUAUGGGCAGACAGAGCUACAGCAAUCAAAAUUACUUUUACAAGUUUCCUUCUUUUAUUAAAACAACCUUCUCAAAUGAAAUAUAUCCUCUUUUAGCAACCAUCUCUAUUUUUUGGAUGGUUUAAUCCCAAAUGCUUCAUGUAAUCGAGGGACAUUAUGAGAAGACUAGGAAAUAUCUCAUCAGAAAAUCUUGACUAAGGGCUGUAACUUCCACUCAUCGUGAAAACCAUGUAACUAAGAGUAAAAAGCAAUGAGUUUCAGGAAGUCCUAGUUACACAUGAAACGUUCCUGUUUCUUUUGAUAUGUAAAGUAUUUGCAGAAAGAUGGUAGAAAAUGUCACUAAUGAAUUUAGAGUGGUACCGGAAAUACACACUGAUGUUUCCUGUUGAAAAUCAUAAGGAGUUAAAAUGAGAACUCCCUAAGAACCAAAUGUGGCUGGCCUCUAGCUUUUCAAUACCAAGUGUUCUUGGUUAUGUUUUGAACACUUAAAUUUCUCAACCAAUGGCUGUGUCUAUAUUUAUGUAGGUGCCACUCUUGCCCUACUUGCAUGCCACUUACACACUUUUAACUGAAAUCAGUGUGAAUCCUGUACUCGUAAGGGAUGUAUUAAAAAUGCAGGAUCAUUAAUGCUAUAUUAUUGCAUACUAUUUCUCAUAUGCCUUAAAAUAUUUUCUGGGACAUUAUUAAAAUGAAAGCAUUUUAUUGCCAAAAUAAAUCUAUGUUGUUACUUUUAAUCUGCAUUAGCAGUAGAAAAAUAAUGUAGCAAAAACAUAUUGUACAGUACAAAAUUAUAGAAGAUAUAUAUUUUGCCAAUAAUAUGAAAAUAGAUCGAGGAGAAAGAAGCACAUUUGUUAUAGCACAAACUUUAAACAAAAUCCACUGUUAAAUUUGGCAGUUGUAUUUUUUAAAAGUAUAUAGAUUUAAUUCUAAGUUUUAUCAGAUUUAUUUCAUCUACCAUCUUUUUAACUUGCUGCUUGAUACUUUUCCAGCAAUUUACUUCAUAGCCUUGCAGUCUGUGGGUGUAGUUUCUUUUAUUUUAUUCCCUUCCAAUAAAACUUAUUAAAUUUUAUUUUGUGUUAAGACUCAUAUACUAUAUUUACUGUUAUUUCUUCUCCUUCAAUAACAACUACAAAAAGUAAUGGCAAAUGAGCUCAUAGGGCUCUUCAGAAUUUUGGACAUGUUUGGAAUGUUUCAUAUUUUUCAUAGCCUAAAGUCAGAAUGAUAAAUAAAGAUGUCCCCAAAACAACAAAAAAGGUUUUAGAGAUUCUUCAGUAUGUUCUGUACUGAAUCCUAUUUGAAAAAUAAGUUAAAGCCAUUAGGUGUUUUUUUAAAGGGUGGCAGGAGGAAAAAACAUACAUAAAAAUACUAAAAAUAAAUAUGACAAAAUGAUGUAAAAAUAUUUUCCCUACUAUUCUGAGGGCUGUUGAUAUCCCAAGCUUUUGCUAUAUCUCCAACUACAAAAUGGGGGGGCGGGGAGGAAAUCACCUUUGUCGAAUAAUUUUUUCCUUUUUUUAAGUUUUAGUUACUUAUUUUGACAAUUUAUCCCCUUUUACUUUUCUUAUAUAGGUAAAUGUGUAGCAUUCUACAAGGCAUGCUGGGUAAAAUAUACUAUGCAAAUGUGUACAGUGCUGCAUGUUCCGUUCUCCCUCUGCUUUAAUGGCUUUAAAGAAAAAAAAUGUGUUGUUAUUUUUGUGAACCAAAACAUUUAAAGAAAAUGCAGAGUGCAUGCAUAUAGUAUCCUAAUUUCUAUGGAUUUGUUUUAUGAGAUUUAAAUGUGUACAAACCAACUGCAUUAAUUUUUUUCUUUUAUAUAAUAAAUGAAAAAACACUGAAACCA